CCACUCUUUCACGUCCUCUUUAUUGUCAGGGAAAAUAUCAUUGUUGUUUUGAAGCAAUCAUCUAAAUCUCUCAAACCUUGUCUGCAAAUUUCUUGUGCAGCCAAUUAAUGGGUACCAAAACCAGCCCGACCAAGUUCAUGAUUUUCCUUCUCUUCUUAUACCUACAUCUCAAGACUCAUGUCUCCCUCGCAACCGAUGCCAUCACCGCAGACCAAUCUCUCUCCGGUGACGAAACCAUUGUCUCCUCAGGUGGUGUUUUUGAACUCGGUUUCUUCAAACCAGGUAAACUUCCAAACUACUACGUAGGCAUGUGGUACUACAAGCGAGUAGUAACUGUGAAAACCAUAGUCUGGGUGGCAAAUAGAAAACAACCAGUCUCCGAUAGAUUUACUUCGGUGUUGAGGAUCAUAGAUAGUAAUUUAGUCCUCGUUGAUGAGACCAAAAGUCUUGUUUGGUCCACAAAUGUGACCUCCACCACCACCUCAGGCUCAGCUAGUUCUAUACAAGCAGUUCUUUUAGGCAAUGGCAACCUUGUCUUAAGAGUUGGAUCCAAUUCAUCAUUACUGCCGUUAUGGCAAAGUUUUGACCAUCCAGCUCAUACUUGGCUAGCAGGAAGUAAAAUUGGAUUCAACAAUGUUACCAAACAAACCCAAAAACUCACUUCAUGGAAGAACUCCGAGGAUCCUGCACCGGGUCUAUACUCUCUUGAGUUAGACCCGAAUGGUAGCAACUCAUAUAUCCUACUGUGGAAUAGUUCUAGACAGUACUGGACCAGUGGAUCUUGGGACGAGCAUAAUCGAAUUUUCAGCUUGAUUCCUGAAAUGAGGCUUAACUAUAUCUACAAUUGCAGCUAUGUUACGAACGAAAACGAAAGCUAUUUCACCUAUGCUCUUAAUGAUCCUAAAAAAAUAUCUCAGGCAGUUAUGCAUUUCUCGGGGCAGAUCCAGCAACUGACAUGGUCGGAGACUUCCAAGCAGUGGAUUUUGUUUUGGUCCCAACCAAGAAAACAAUGUGAAGUUUAUGGUUUGUGCGGGGCAUUCAGCACUUGCAAUGCCACGUCUUUGCCCUCAUGUAGCUGUUUGAAGGGUUUUGAGCCAAAACUGCUGGGUGAUUGGAACUUAAAUGAUCAUGCUGGCGGGUGUUCAAGAAUAACCGGUCUUCUGUGUGGAAAUGCUACUAGUCUUAAUGGGACACAAGACCAGUUUCUAGAAAUGACUAGAAUGACAUUGUCUGAAAAUGAUCAAUAUGCAGAGGUCGGGAGUAUUGCGGAAUGUGAAUCCAUCUGCUUAAAUCACUGCUCUUGCACUGCUUAUUCAUAUGAAAGUGGUGGAUGUUCAAUUUGGAAUGGAGAUCUCUUGCAUCUGCAACAGCUUGAAGCAAGUGAUACUAAUGGAAGAACAAUGUACAUCAGACUUGCAGCUUCCGAGUUCGAGAAUCCUCCUAAAAGUAGUAAUAAGGGUAAUGAGGGUCAUACUGAUGAUAAGUGGUCUCUUGUAAUUGCAAUAAUCUCAGCAACAGCAGGAUUCCUUGCAAUAAUUUUUGGCUAUUUUUUAUGGAAGAAAACUUUGGGAAAGAGAAGAGAGCAUAGUAGGAGGAAUAUCAAUUCAAGUAAUCUUGGUGCUAGAGAUGGAAACGAUGAUACAGAACUACCACUCAUUGGUUUGAAGAGUAUAUUAGCUGCUACAAACAACUUCUCUGAAGCUAAUAAACUUGGAGAGGGAGGAUUUGGCCCUGUUUAUAAGGGGAUUUUUCCUGACAAUCAAGAAGUAGCAAUAAAACGGCUUUCUACGAAGUCUGGGCAAGGACAUCAAGAGUUCGUGAAUGAGUUAAAGCUUAUAGCCAAGCUUCAGCAUAGAAAUCUUGUUCGACUCUUGGGUUGCUGUAAUGAAGAGGAGGAAAUGAUACUGAUUUAUGAGUACAUGCCCAACCGAAGUUUGGAUAAAUUCUUAUUUGAUCCAUCUGAACAGACAAAAUUGGACUGGGAUAGACGUUUUAGGAUUAUAGAAGGUAUUGCUCAGGGAGUACUCUAUAUCCACAAGUACUCCAGAUUGAAAAUCAUUCAUAGAGACUUAAAAGCAGGUAAUAUUCUAUUGGAUGGAGCAAUGAACCCCAGAGUAUCAGACUUCGGAAUGGCCAAGAUUUUUGAGUUAAACCAAAUUGAAGCAAAUACAAACAGGGUUGUUGGGACAUAUGGCUACAUGUCACCUGAGUAUGCACGUUAUGGCCAUUUCUCUGAAAAAUUGGACGUAUUUAGCUUUGGAGUGUUAUUGUUGGAGAUUGUAACCGGAAAGAAAAAUGGUGCUUUCUAUCAUUUCGAGCAUUCACUGACUCUUGCCGGAUGGGCAUGGAAAUUAUGGAAAGAAAACAGAGGAAUGGAGGUGAUUGAUGCAUCGGUACGGGAAACAUGCCGGCCUCAUGAAGCUUUAAGGUGUAUCCAUGUAGGGUUUUUGUGCGUACAAGAAGCUCCAGCUGAUCGACCAACAAUGUCUGCUGUAAUUCAUAUGCUGCAAAGCAACGAAGCCACAUCACUUCCACCCUCCAAAGAACCUGCUUUUUCAAUACACGAUAUGAAUUCCAAUGUUGCUGAAUCUUCUUCUCAAACGUCUACUAGUGCUUGUUCCAAGAAUGCACUCACAAUUAGUUUGCCAGAAAUUGAGUCUACCCAAGAUUGGGUCUCCAAGCUUAAUCAGACCACUGCACUUGACUCUGCAUGCAAGCCAGACCUCACUAAUCUCUCAUCCUGUGGUGCUUGCGUAGCGGCUGGCUUUAAAAUUCAUACACAAUUAAAAGCCAUUGAUGGUAACAGUUCUCACUCUAGAGAUUGUUGGUACUUUACAAUUCUGUAUGCAGCAGCUGGUAUGAUCAACGACUCUGAACCUGAAAGUGAGGGUGCCGUAUCUUGUAUUUUCGGUUUAUCUUUAUUGAAUGACACUCUUGUGGGUUUGCGUAAAAAGAGCUAUACCGCUCUUGUAACUGCAGUAGUCUCAGCAACAGGAGGGUUGCUUACAAUAUUAUUUUUAUACUUCUUAUGGAAGAAGUCUUUGGGAAAGAAAAGGGCAUAUAGUGAGAAUAUUAGGAAUGUUAGUGCUGGAGAUGGGAAGAAUGAUACAGAACUACCGGUCUCAAGUUUAAGGAGUAUAUUAGCUGCUACAAACAACUUCUCUGAAGCUAAUAAACUAGGAGAGGGAGGGUUUGGCCAUGUUUAUAAGGGCAUCUUAAAUGAAAAUCAAGAGGUAGCCAUAAAAAGACUGUCAAAGAAGUCAGGGCAAGGAUAUCAAGAGUUCAUGAAUGAGUUAAAACUUAUAGCAAAGCUCCAACAUAACAAUCUUGUUAGUCUCUUGGGUUGCUGUAUUGAAGAGGAAGAAAUGAUAUUAAUCUACGAGGAUCUAAAAGCAUGUAAUGUCCUGUUGGAUGAAGAAAUGAACCCCAAAAUUUCAGAUUUUGGAAUGGCAAAGAUUUUCGAGAUAAAUCAAACUGAAGCAAAUACCAACAGGGUUGUCGGGACAUACGGUUAUAUGUCACCUGAGUAUGCACGCUAUGGCCAUUUUUCUGAGAAAUUGGAUGUAUUUAGUUUUGGAGUGUUGUUGCUGGAGAUUGUAAGUGGAAGGAGGAAUUCCGCUUUCUAUCAUCUUGAACAUCCGGUAACUCUUGCUGGAUGGGCAUGGAAACUAUGGAAAGAAGGUAGAGGAAUGGAGGUGAUUGAUGAAUCAGUGAGAGAAACGUGUCUGCCUCAUGAAGCUUUAAGGUGUAUCCAUGUAGCAUUAUUGUGUGUUCAAGAAGAUCCAGUUGAUCGACCAACCAUGUCUUCUGUAAUUCACAUGUUGGCUAAUGAAGCUGCAUCACUUCCACUAUUCAAAGAACCUGCAUUUUCAACACAUAGUGAUUAUAAAGCUAUUUGCUCUUCUUCUCCAUCAUCUAGCAUUUUUUCGAACAAUCUGUCAAAGACUGUUACUCUGCAUAAGUUGACAGAGGAAGUGCCCAACAGCCCAUUCCAUAGUAUGGCAUGCUGCUUGCCUGCAAAUUUUUUGUGCAGCCAAUCUACUGACUUGAUGUUUUCCAUUCUUUUGUUAUGCCUCUGUCUCAAGACUCAUGAUAUCUCCCUUGCAGCUGACACCAUCACUGCAAACCAAUCUCUCUCUGGUGAUCGGACCAUUGUCUCGGAACGUGGGGUUUUUGAACUGGGUUUCUUCAAACCAGGUAAUAAUUCAAAUUACUAUAUAGGCAUCUGGUAUUACAAGCAAGUUGUGUCUCUGCAAACCAUAGUCUGGGUGGCAAAUAGGGAACGGUCAAUCUCUGAUAGAUUUUCUUCAGUAUUGACGAUGUCAGAUGGAAAUUUAGUACUGUUUAAUGAGUCCAAAAGCCCAGUUUGGUCCACAAAUCUGUCCUCCACCACCUUAGGCUCUGUGAAAGCAGUUCUUUUAGAUGAUGGAAACCUUGUCUUAAGAGCUGGAUCCAGUUCAUCCCAACCUUUAUGGCAAAGCUUUGAUCAUCCAGCCCAUACUUGGCUACCAGGAAGUAAACUAGGAUUCAACAAUGUUACCAAACAAACCCAAAUGCUCACUUCAUGGAAGAAUCCGGAGAACCCUGCACCGGGUCCGUUCUCUCUUCAGCUAGACCCAAAUGGAAGCAACUCACUUAUCAUAUUGUUGAAUUACUUGAAUAUGUCUGAACAGUAUUGGAGCAGCGGACCUUGGGAUGAUAGUCUUCAUACUUUCAGCUUGAGUCCUGAAAUGAGCCUCAAUAAAAUCUUCAAUUACAGCCAUGUUACAAACGAAAACGGAAGUUAUUUCACCUAUUCUGUUUAUAACCCCAGUGAAGUAUCUCGAUUAGUGAUGUACUUCUCGGGGCAGGUUUGGCAACUAACAUGGAAGACCAAUAAAUGGAACUUGGUUUGGUCUAAACCAAAUGUUUAUGCCUUUUGUGGGCCAUUCUCCACUUACAGUCAGGAAUUCUUGAUCUGUAAUUGUUUGAAUGGUUUUGGGCCAAAAUCGCAGAGUGAGUGGGAUUUGCAGGAUUAUUCUGGUGGGUGUUCGAGAAACACUACUUUGAAUUGUGGGAACGGGACGAAAGAAGACCAGUUUAUACAAAAACCUAGCAAGCCAUUGUCUGCAUCUCAACAGCUUCAGCAAGAAGGAAGUAUUGAGGAUUGUGAAUCAAUCUGUUUAAAAAAGUGCGAUUGCUCUGCUUGUAGUUAUGGAAUUACUACUGGAUGUGAAAUCUGGACAGGAGAUCUCUUGGCAUAUGACAAAGGAAGAACUUUACACAUCAGAGUACCGGCGGCCAAAUCAAAGAAUCCUAGUUUUAAGCGGUCCCUAGUGAUUGGACUAGUCUCAGCAAUAACAGGAUUGCUUACAAUAAUUUGUAGCUAUUUCUUGUGGAAGAAAACUACAAGGAAGAGAAGGAAGCGUCAGAGGAAACAUGGUGAGAUCAUAACUAAUGUUGGUGGAAAGAAUGACACAGAACUACCAGUGUUUGACUUGAAGAGUAUAUUAGCUGCUACUGAAGACUUUUCUGCAGCAAAUAAACUGGGUGAGGGAGGAUUUGGCCCUGUUUAUAAGGGUAUUUUGCCUGGAAAUCGAAACGUGGCCAUAAAAAUGCUGUCAAAGAAGUCUGGUCAAGGGCAUCUAGAGUUCAUGAAUGAGUUGAAGCUGAUAGCCAAGCUCCAACAUACCAAUCUUGUUAGGCUUUUGGGUUGUUGUAUUGAAGAGGAGGAAAGGAUGUUGAUCUAUGAGUACAUGCCUAAUAGAAGUUUGGACAAAUUUUUGUUUGAUCCAUCUGAAAGAACAAAAUUGGAUUGGGAUAGACGCUUUAGAAUUAUAGAAGGCAUUGGUCAAGGACUACUUUAUAUCCACAAGUACUCGAGAUUGAAAAUCAUUCAUAGGGACCUAAAAGCAAGUAAUAUUUUGUUGGAUGAAGCAAUGAAUCCUAAAAUCUCAGACUUUGGAAUGGCAAGGAUAUUCGACAUGAAUCAAACUAAAGCAAAUACCAAUAGGGUUGUUGGGACAUACGGUUACAUGUCACCUGAAUAUGCACGCUAUGGCCAUUUCUCUGAGAAAUCGGAUGUAUUUAGUUUUGGAGUACUGCUGUUGGAGAUUAUAAGUGGAAAGAAGAAUGCUGCUCUCUAUCGUUAUGAAAAUUCACUUACUCUUGCUGGAUGGGCAUGGAAACUGUGGAAAAAGGGUAGGGGAAUGGAGGUAAUUGAUGAAUCAGUAAGGGAAACAUGUCGACCUCAUGAAGCUUUAAGGUGUAUCCAUGUAGGGCUUCUGUGUGUUCAAGAAGCCCCAGCAGAUCGACCAACAAUGUUUUCUGUAGUUCAUAUGUUGCAAGCCGACAAAAGUACAACACUUCCACCCUCCAAAGAACCUGCAUUUUCAACACACAAGAAUUCCAGUGCCUCUAGUUCUUCUUCUCAAACAUCUAGAAAUUUUUCCGCCAAUCAAUUGACCGUAAGUAUCCUAGAAGGUCGAUAGAGGUUCAAUGUCAGUCGGGGAUAAAUUUUCCUACAGUAUAUACCUUGGCCUUUAAUCAAUUAAAUGCUUGAAUUGUGCUUCAGAAUU